AGGUGGCGACAUACCCGUGACCUUUCCUGCUAUUUAUAUAUAUAUUUUUUUAUUAUUCGAAAGGGUAGAAUUUGUUUUCAAGUAUUCGGUUACCGAACCAGCUGGCAAUUGCGUAUCUGCAGUAUCAGAUUUUAUACUUAUUAUGUAAAAUAAUAAUAAUAAUGAUAAAUCUACCUUAUCCCAAAUACCCUGCUGAGUCUUCUUAAAAAGUGGAUCCUCUGGUCUAUUUUUGAACAGAUACUUUCUACUUGCAUGUGACACUUAAUCUCUAUAUAAAUUUGCACUUCCAGAUAUUUAUAGGCGGUGACGUUAUUUUCUUUAUCGAAAUGAGUCUCCUAUUAACUUGAGAUCCACAAUGAUUUGUUUUGUUUUCUUGGUAAAGUAUUUAAUUUUUAAAUGAUGUUCAUCGCACCGCUCUCAAAAUUUUAGUAGAUAGUAGAUGGUCAACUAACAUUAUUCGGAACACUUUUUGCCCUUCUCUCCUUUGAUCACGUCGUGAAGCUAGAUACCGACGUCAUCACGGAGCGCCACAAAGCAAGCCAAGAUAGAUACUAGGCGCAGGAUGAUGACGUCCUUCGUUUAGUUCAGUUGAUCAGCAAACGGCGCAACUAAUGAGUCAAAAGGCUCUUUUAAAGAGCGUUUACCUGCAAAUAGGAUGUCAUUUGUGGUCGCUAAUGGCUUGUUAAAAGGGUGCUUAUUUAUGAGGACAUAAACCUACUUUGUUCCGUGAAGAGGUGAAUGUUUCUUGUGCGUUUAGCGUAAGGUCUGUAGGAAAGCUUAUAUCACUUUGUAGACGCUCUAGCUCUGAUGGAGCAGCAUGAGGAGGCUGUAAUGCGCCUGAAGCAACAAGUGGAGGACACAAGUCUGAGUCCCGCUGACAGAAUCAACCUGCUGAAUGAUACUUUAAAGCGGUUUCUGAACAUGGCAGCGGCCCCGAAGGACAGCGGUAUGCUGACGAGAUUCAAGUCGCUUUUAUAUCAGAGCGGCAUCCUGAGCCACUGUGUCACCCUUCUCACUCUGGAUCUCCAAAAACUGCAAAGCAACUGCAAAGCCGCCGUCACACUGGCAUCUCUCACAAGUUCCUGUUGUGUGGGGGUGGAGCCUGGUGAACUGUCAGAGAACUUUCAUAGGCUGUUCCUCCCAUCAGUCAUGGAUGGCCUUCUGUCAUUGGCCAGUCGUCUUGCGAGGCGAGCAGAGUGUGUGUCUCUCUUUAGGAAGGUGAUGGACUCGGUCAGCUGGCUUCUGCGAGCACACGCACAGCUCACCACGCAAGUUCUCAGCUCUUCCUACUAUGCGCUCAUUCAGGGCUGUGAUGAGGUCACCAUGUCACUGCUCUUUGUUCAGAUGUGGAUUAAUUUAUGUACAGCUAGCAGGGACUUUCUCUCCAGUUUAAGUGAUGAUGCCAUCCUGUUGCUGCUCAAUGAGGUUGUUGGCCAAUUUGCUGUGACCUCUGAUGCCUCACUGGGCGGAGCAUCUGUCAGACUGAUCCUCCACAUGGCCAAUCAACUGCCGCUUCAGCCCUUUCUCUUCAACUUCAAAGGUUUGGACAGCCUAUUAGACAAAGACUGGCGAGGACGGGGCUUUGACCAAGAAGUAGAUCAGCUGAUUGCACUCACACAGUGUCGGGAAAUCCUUCCUUCUGUCGACCGUGUGAGAGCAGCGUGUGUGAUUCAGGCAGCCUGGAAAUCCUAUCUGACCAGACGAAGACUGAAGUGUCUCAGUGGAGUGGUUUCCAUGCUGCAGCGUCGCUUCAGGGCUCUCAGAAGACAACAGCAACAGCAGAGGGAUGCACAGCGGUGGCAAGAGGAGUUGAAUUUUCAGGUGUGUUUGCAGCGUCAACAGGCAAGGAGAAAGUUCCACCAGAAACAGAGAGAAUUGCUGCAGCUUCUACCGCCUGACCGGGUGCAGCCGUACCUGCUAGAAUGCCAGGUCCGUGCAGCCGUGUUGAUCCAGAGCGCCUGGAGAGGGUUUCUAGCCAGACGACGCAUUGACUCGCAGCGAGAUUCAUUGAGACUCGAACACGCUCAGCACCAUGCAGCCAAGACCCUGCAGCGAGCCGUCCGUCGCUUUCUCCAAGAACGCCAAGUGGCAAAGGUCUUAGCCUCUGGACCUUGUUGGAUUGGCCAUCAGGGUUUGACAGAUAGCAGGAGGGCAGUGUUGAAAAGACAGGUGGAGGAAUACAUCAGUUUACAUCCUUCAAGUCGGGUGAGUCGUCAACAGUGUGAACAACUCCAUAAUGACGUGCAGUGGCGGUUGCAGGCGCUUCUGCAACAGGCAGUACGACAGAAGAGGGAGGAGCAGAAAAUUGAGUCCCUGUUGGCUCACACUCACACUCAGCUGGAUCUACUCAAAGAUGCCCCAUCCCUCUCGGCUGUCAUGGCGACCGAUAUCAAGUCCUUCCUGAGCCCUUCUGGUACCAUUGCCACUCGGGGCCGUGACGCCCACAAUGCCAGGCUACAGGCGCACAGGCUGCCCUGGUGGAGAACUUUGGGGGAGACGGCUUCAGUACUCAAUCCAAAGGAGGAGAUGGAGCUUGGUGGAGAAGUCAGGAGCUGAUGAACUGUCAAAUUGAACCAUCACAGUGGUUACUGUUAGGCUUUACACGAUCAGGAUUUUUGGGGCUGAUCAUCGGGUUUAAAAACCCGAUAACCGAUCCGAUCACAAGAUGGAGGAAUGUGUCUAUUUAAAUGACCUGUUAAUGUACUGUAUAUACUUGUUUACUUAAUUGCUCAAAAAAAUAUAUUUACAAUAAAUAAUGUAUCUUUGUUCCUCUAUUUAUGCCAGUGAGGCUUUGUGACGGACAGAACUAAUGAAUGGUCUUCUAUUAGAUGACAGGAAGUAAAUACAGUAAUUAAUAUAUCCACCUUUUGUGACAUUUUUGUUUGUUGGUGUGCCGUGAGAUUUGUCAAUUGUAGAAUAUGUUCCUUGGCUCCAUAACGGUUGGAUCAGCAGUGAUGCUCUAGUCAGAUCGUGUAUUCUAAUCAGUCAGGUCAAACUAACAUUACAUGACAAAAAUAAUGGGUGCUAACUUACUGUAAUUAAGUUACUUAUUUUUAAUUAAAUUACUUCACCCACACCGCAACUUUAGAGCAUGAUUCGACAGAACGGUGGCAUGUUUACGUGCAACCGUUAGCUAGCACUAGCUUGUCAGGCUACAUAACGUUUUUGUUGCCUGCUUCUCCGACGUAUCUUAUUAAAAGUACGUGAACAUAUCUCAAGCAAGCGAACGUCCUCUUCUGUCCUGAGCACUGGUGACAACCAACACGUUUUUCCCCAUUUUGUCCUUAUAAUACAGUCGAGCCGGCUCGCUCCAGUCUUGUUGUCGUCGCCACGGUAACGAGUGUAUCCGGUCGCAUUUGAGUUGACAAGAUAAAGCCCAAUGAUCGUAAAAAAUUGUGCUGUGCUACAUUUAAGCCAGAUGUAAUGAGACACACAUCUUUCAAAAAACGUGAUGCGGUGGUGUCGGAAUACAAGAUUUUAUUACAGUAGCCUGAGUCUGACAGUGCAAUCGUGAAAGAGCAAAUUUGUCUUGUAGUAUGAUUCUGGCAUUACGUGUUGUCUGUCCCACACCACUGACGUUUUUAAAAUUAUUAUUAUUGUUUUUUUAAAAUAACUUAAUUGGCUGUCAGAUGUUUACAGUACUACGCCAAAAGAAACACGUCAAGGCUAAAAAUAAACCAGCUUUUGGAUUCAAAUAUACUGUGCACGCGGCGAUGUGGAGUUGUCUUUUGCAGAGCCAUUGAUCGGAUCGGCGAAUUAUGACAUUAAAGCCGAUCAGCAUAAAAUGCUAAAUAUCGGCCGAUACCGAUCAGCCCAAUCAAAUCGGUGCAAAGUCUAGUUACUGUGUACUGUACCUGUAAAUUGACUUUGUCAUAUGAAAUUCUGUUGUGCUGAUAAAU